AUGACCAUUCCAUCUGUGUCUCCGAUAUUGGGAAGUCAAGAGGACUCUGAAAGAUUUGUGGACACUGAUGUAUCCCUUAAUCAAAGGUAUUUUAAUAGCCAUAUUUGACAAUUCAUGAAUUCAAAGGGUUGCAUUACUAGUGACACAAUCAUGAUAGUAACAUUGCUUUCUCAUGUCUUGAGGAAAAAGUGGGGGUGGGGUGGGGGUGGAGGGAUGAAAUAAAAAUAAAUGCCAGAAAAGCACUAGUUGAUAAAGUAAGAGCAAUAAUUAAGGUAAGGUACCUGGUAUAGGUUUUAUUCCACAACCCACAGAAAUCAGUUUCUCACAUGUACUGUCUGUAUAAUACUUAUAGUAAAACUUAUUUUUAUUAAAUACAGCUCAUCUAUUGACCUGUGUAAAGGCAAUACAUCUAUGUUUACCGAUGACGAGGGAGAAAUUACUGAUGACAACAGUUCAGAGGAAGAUAUCAGGUAUGUUUUUAGUUCAAUGCCCUCAGAAGUUACAUUUAUUAUGGUAUAAUUAAGGUAACAUAUGAUGUUUGUUUGGGAUGUUACUCUGAUUGUAUAUCCCCACUGGGCAAGCCUGAAAAAUAUGCCUGGCCACAGUGGAAAUCAAACCUACAACCUGUGGAAUACUAGCCCAAUGCUCUGCCAACUGAUCUAUGUGGUCAGGUUGGUUCGGGUUUGUCAUAUUUUGAGAUUCAAUUCCAAGUAACAUCACAAACUUUAUAUGCACCUGAGUACAUAACACCAACAGAAAAAAUUAAUGUAACAUAUAUUUUUACAGCUUACAUGACCUUACAAAGUCAAUUCUGGAAGAAUAUUGAAUGCUGAACAAGAGGACAUGACAAGACAAAGUGACUCUGAGUAAGUUGUUAUAUAUGUUUAAUUUAAUCAAUUUAAUCUCCAUUCAAGGAUGCUAUGUAGUAAUAGAGUAUCUGUCAUAAUUAGUGGUUUUAACUCUAAAGAUAUGUUUCUGUAUAAAUUACUGCACCACAACAAUAAUUUUUGCAGUGUUAAAUCUAAAAUAUAUUUUAUUAUUAAAUAGUGUCAUGAAUGAAAUUAGUGAUGAUGAAAGUGUUGGGCUAGAGGAUGACAUUUUUGAAAUGGUGACUGAAGAAGAUGCAGAACACGAGACAGAUGACAUGAACCUGCAACAACAGUCACAUUCCACCACUGAGUGUACUGACACCUUUGGACCACAUUGCAGAUUCACCAGAGGGGAUGAGGUGUAUUCGAUGAAGAAGGAAUACAAAAUG